AUGACAGAUAUUAAAUAAAUAUUACUUUAAUUCUAAUAACAUACUAAAAUCUUAGAAAAGGUAGUCAGAACAUAUUCUUAGUCAUAUUUUUAGGGAACAUGGAUUGAUUCAUAAAAUAAAUACAUUCGUAAUAAUCAUAUACAAUUUAAUUCUCAGUCACUCUUAUUGAAGGAAAGUUCUUUGAAGAUUAUUAAAAUUAAUUUUUAUGUUAUUAACACAACCUUUAAUUAGCUCUAUCAUUUGAAGAUAAUAAAUAUAUCUAUGAAAAUAUUAGAGACACCUAUGGAAAGAUUUAGUGCUUUUUAAUAAAAUCAAUCUAUUACAGAAAUAUAUGCAAAUUUAACCAUGAUUUUGAAUAAUAUUAAUCUUGAUAGCAAAAAAUUAGAUAUUAUUGAAAGUUCAUAAUAAAUUAUUAUCAAAAAUAUUUUCUUUUAGUUUCAAUUUUAAUUAUAUUGA